AUGGCAGAAGAGUACCAAGAAUCCGAGGUUGUGUUUCAAGAAAGCCCAGCUGGGUUUGAGGGGGUUGAGGACGACGAUGAUGAUUACGAGUAUAGCGCGCGCGCUUCGGCGGGUCGUCUUCGAGGAUCGAGAAACAAGAAGCAGAGGAGGCCGGUGACGGCGGCCGCGGCGGCGAGGAGGGAGUCGAUUUCGCUGCCGGUGAACAUCCCCGGCAACUGGCCUACAAGAACGGCGCCGUGGGUCGGCGGCUGCGUGGACGCUAAGGAAGGGGGUGGGUCGGUGGAGGACGACGCCGCCGGGGAAAUGGUGCCGCCGCACGUGAUCACCGGCCGGAGAAUCGCCGGGAAAAUGAUGGCGUUUUCCGUCUGCACCGGAAAUGGUCGGACUCUCAAGGGCAGAGAUUUGAGCCAAGUUAGGAAUUCUGUUCUUAGGAUGACUGGUUUUCUAGAAACGUAA